AGAUUUGUCCCUCGUCGGCUGCCAUUCUGGAUACCAUUUCCCCCUUUACCUCCUGCACCCGAUUUUUCCCUUUAACUUUUAUCAAGUUUCUAGCUAUAAAACACAGUGCCUUUGUGUAGCCUUGGUUGUUUUGGGUUGUUGUUUAUUUCGCGCAUGUAGCCAGCACAAUGUUCACCACUACCGGGUCCAGAGGGCUGUAUAAAGCUCCAGUGUCGAAGAGCCUGCUGCUGCUUCCCACUGCCUUCACUGUGCUGCUGCUCGUGGCUCUGCCUCAGUACCAGAAGCUGUUCGUCUACAGCCUGCACGCUAUCACGCACCACAGACAGGUCACUGUACAACUGCACUCUUCCUUUAGUCAUUUGUGGAGGCUGCUGUGUGGUAGGCUGAUCUGUCUGGAUGUAAAGGACAUGUUCUGCAGCAGUCUGCUCAUCUACAACUUCCGCAUAUUCGAGAGGAGGUUCGGCAGUCACAGAUUUGCUUCCUUCCUGUUUGGAACCUGGGUUCUGUCUGGAUUUCUGGACUUCCUGUUGGCCGAGGCUGUUCACUUCCUGUUUGAGCUGCAGGUGGACGUGCUGCCAGCCGGACCGCUGGGUCCAGUCUUCGCCCUCUUUGUGCCUUUCUUCUGUUCCAUCCCUCGAGUUCAGGUCACUCAGUUGGUGCCCUAUGUCUCGAUCAGCAACAAGUCUCUCAUGUACAUCGUGGGCCUGCAGUUGCUGACCUCUAGCACGUACAUGUGGGUUGUGGCUCUUAGUGGAUUGGUCUCCGGCGUGCUGUACUACAGUAACGUGUUGGCUCUCCAGCGGUUCCUGUAUGUUCCGCGGUGGCUGGCGCGCUGCAGCUCUCAGCUCCUGGAACCUGUGUUCUCAGGCACAGAGCCACGUGCUGAGGCUCCAGUGGGGAUGGGAGCCACAUUGGACAUCCAGCGACAGCAGCGCAUGGACAUGCUGGAUCAACAGCUGCUGCUCUCACAGCUGGCCCAGCUCAGGAGAAACGCCCAGCAACCACCACCACAGCAGCAGGGUGGACUCCUCAACCGAUUCUUUCCGGGUUUGCGACACAGAGGUCAGAACGUGAAUCACAUGCAGCCGCACUCAGUGGACACCCCAGUGGCUGAGGAACAGGUGGCAAGGCUGAUGGAGAUGGGUUUCUCCAGAGUGGACGCUCAGGAAGCUCUCAGAGCAUCCAACAACGACAUCAACAUGGCCACCAACUUUCUGCUCCAGCACUGAGGCUGAGCAUCAGAGGGUGGAGCAGAGGACGGAGAAAAUGGAAACGGAGCUGCAGCGAAAUACGACGCACAGAAACCAUGUUGGAAGUCUGGACAAGUUAAGUACUCUUUGGAGCUUGUGGUGUCGCUUCCUCUCAAACUGCUCUGUGAUUGGGUGGAGAGGAGCCGGUGAAGCUGCUGCUACUGUUUCCUGCCGACUUCAGCAGAAUAGAGCCAAGAUGGUGGCGGAGGACGGCACAUUGUUAUCUCAGGGCUCAUGUUCUUUGGCCUCGUCGUCCCUCUACAACCUCCAGCACUGCACAUUCUUAUUAAUAAGCCCACGUAGUGGUGAUGAUGAUGAUGAUGAUGUGAAAACAAUGUGAUUGAAGUCUUAAAAGGAAAUCAAGACCUAAAAACUCAUAUUUAGACAUAGUUUUGGACUGAUGUGUUGUUUGAAAAAUUUUCAUUCAUGGGGCUUUACUGUUAGUUAGUAAAAUCUAGCAAAAAAAAUUAAUUUGCACAAUUUUUGUUCACCAUGUUUCUUAGUUUUGGGCAGGAGGCUAAUAUAGAUAAGUAAUGGAAGUCAAUGUCACCCAAAAUCUUUUCUGUAAAUAUCUGCCUCCUGAUUCAGAAGACAGAACGACUUGCAGUCAUCUACACUCUCAGAAAAUAGGGUACUGUUUGGUACCUUUCCUUGUUGCUGGGGUGGUAGCCUCAAGCAUAUACCUUUUAUACCUUAAUUAUGUGCUGUAUCUAGAAAGGUGCAUGUAGUGUGCCAUUAAAGCUUUACUCUAAAAGGUAAUUACAGUCCAAUUACAUACUUUAAAGGUACACUAUAUCCAUAUUUCCAGGUGAAAAGAAAAAGUACAUAUUAAAGGUGCAAAAGAAAAGGGCACCACAACUCUUCUUCUUCUUUUGGCUGUUCCCGUUAGGGGUCGCCACAGCGGAUCACUGGUCUGCAUAUUUUGAUUUGGCACAGUUUUUACGCUGGAUGCCCUUCCUGAUGAAACCCUCCCCAAUUUUAUCCAGGCUUGGGACCGGCACUGGGUGUGCACUGUCUUGUGGUUCCCUGGCUGGGAAUAAAACCCGGGCCACAGCGGUGAGCGCUAGUCCUCCAGGGACCCAAAAGGGUACCAGAACUGGGAGAAGGAACAUGUACAGUUUGGUACUUGUAUACACACAUGUAUAAACACCAACAAAACUUCCACCUUCUAUCAAUUUGGACAAGCAGAAUCCUCAGUGCAAAUUUCUAUCAUUUGGAAAAAGGAGUUUUUUCUCUCCCAUAUUUAUAUCUAAUGACAGCUUCCAAAUGGGAAGAAGGAAAGCUAACACAUGUUUCUUCUGAGACACGUGAAGCCAGCCAACUCCAUCUUAUCGAACUGCAUCAGAGAUUCCCAUGAUUGGUUAGUGUCACUCUGGCAAGAGAGAGUAUCCCUCCAACCCAGACAGCACGGUCAAUUUUUGCUCCCUUUGCCAGCCACAGCCUCAGGAUUCAAACCAUCUCCUGACAAUAGAGUGAACACUCUUCUGUUGCUCCACUUGGGAGCAAGGUGGGAGCAAGGUUGUUUAAAUUCUUCUUGUUUAAAUUCUUCCCGAGAUCGCACCUCCCAGAGGUUGAAGACAGAUUUCAACAUAAAAACUGGAUGUUCUGUUAUCAUUAUGGUUAUAUAGCAAUAUAGUAAAUGUAAUUCUAGCUGCGCAAUGUUGUUCGAAGCACAUAUUUGAAGAUUUGGGUAUGUAUUUAUGGAAAUGAUCUUGGGUGAGAUAGACUUCCGUUACUGUUUGCCUCAUAGCCUCAUCCAGUGCAAAAAAAAGAAGCAGAUAUCGAAUAUGUUCUGCUAAAGGGGAAAUUGUGUAUGUUUUUGAUUUUCCAUCAAAAAGUCCCUGGCUCUGCAUUUGUGAAACCUUUAAAACAAAGCAUAAGCUCUAACAUUCAAACCUUUUGAAUAAGGUAUGUUUUUGCAGUCGAUCACCUGAGAUGUAUUUGUUGUCUGAUGUUUGUGUUCUCCAGUUUUGCACUGGAGCUGCAGGGCUAGAUGACAAAUAAUAGAAAUCUAUCUCAUCCAAAAUCUUUUCUGUAAACAUCCGCCUCACACCAUGUCCAAUUCUUUAGAAAUGUCAGCUAUACUUACCAGAAUCACUUCUUUCUUUAAAACAGUUUGGUAUCAUUUUACCCCCUAGGCCUCGCCUCUGAAAACUUGAAGUUGAUAUUUUAUUAGAAAUCUGGAAGUUAUGCAGAUAAUAUAGUUUUACUUUGAACUUUAGAUUUAAAGUCUGAUGUUUUACAGGAUCAUUAAUUUAUCGAGAUUUCAUGUAUUCAUGCAAAAAGAUUUUGGGUGACAUACAUAAUGCCAUAUCUCUAGUUAAAAAAGAAUAAGGAAGAAAACAGCAGACAGCGAAUAUUUUUCAGCUGAUCUACUACAUCUGGGGCAAAGUGUAAAAUUACAUCAACUUGAUAUUUCACCAAACUCCCUUUAAGCCCUGCUAUCCAAGAAGGCUGCCACUGAAAUUUUGAUUCAUACUGAUAAUUCACUGGUUAUGUUUCUUAUUCUAACAGGAUGAUAUUGGUGAUGGUGCUGUUUAAGAUUUAACACAAAACAAGGUGUACUAUUAUUAUUAUUAUUACUAUUAUUAUUAUUAUUAUUAUUAUUAUUAUUAUGAGCAGAAGUUGAACUGAGUGUCUGUCUAAUGAAAUUCCCCUAUGAAGUAUUGUAUGGCCACUGUCUAUUUUCUGUAAAUUACUAUUUAAUAAUACAUCAUUCUGACUCACUGGAUAAACAGUAAUUCGCCUAAUAAACAGUAAAUCAGCAUUAUCUCUCUUUACUCAGCCGUCUGUCUUCAGAUGACCGUCUCAUGGAUGAAAUCUAUUUCUGUACAACUGGACAAUAUUUUUCAAAUUUUCAGUAUGAAUGUUAUUUAUUGUCAAGGGUUUCUCUGUAAUUUCACAUUUGUAAUCCUCUUUAAAAAGUCACUGAUGUUGGUUGUCUGAUCUUCCACCACAUUUCUGUUAUUUUUAUUUUGAUAAUAAGUUGAAUGCAAUGCUCCUGUUUUGCUAAUAUGUGGCAGUGGAUAUUCUGCUGUAACAAACCAUUAAAAUCUCCAGAAUUAAA